AUGGUUCGUCAUCGCCUGCAGAUGAACGGAUUUGAACGGCAAGGGUUUGGUCGUUCAUCAGAUUAUCGCAUUGGUAUGCUACGAACUAUGGUGCUGGUUGUCCGCAAUGAAUCCAUCUAUGGUUUAUUCAAAGGACUUUGGCCGAGUCAAAUCAAAGCGGCUGCUAAUUCCGGUUGUGCUUUCUUGUUUUACGAGUUAUUCUGCGAUUUGUUACGAGCGCGGAAGAGCGAGGAGGUCUUUUAG